AAACAAAUCCUUUUAUUCCGAAUCUUCAUUAUUAAUUAACUUCCUCUCUCGCGCCUCUCUCUCUUCAUCUCAAACAUAUUCAUCAAUUUAUCUCUCUCUCUCUCUCUCUCUCUCUCUCUCUCACCCUCUCUGUCUCGGAUCUUUUAAGAAUUUUAAAUCAAAGAAGAUGACUAGAGGAGGAGCUACCGUUGAACUUGACUUCCUCGGAGUCGAGAAGAAGCAAACCACCAACAAAGCUCCACAGCCUAGGUUUCAGAAAUUUCUCGAUCGCCGUCGUAGUUUCCGAGAAAUGCAAGGAGCGAUUUCAAAGAUUGAUCCGGAGAUAAUAAAAUCUUUGUUAGCUUCCGGCGGUGGUGGUACUGAGUCUCCUUCUGUUCCGUCUACUCCAAGAGAACAUCAACUUCAGAUCCCGAUUUCUCCGGUCCACGCGUCUCUCGCCAGGCAAAGUACGGAAGCUGUCUCUGGAACCGUACCUAUGACUAUUUUUUACAAUGGAACCGUAUCCGUGUACCAAGUGAAUCGUAGCAAGGCUGAAGAGAUUAUGAAGGUCGCUAAGGACACAGCGGUCUCGAAGAAGGACGAAUCAUCGACGGAGACUGAUCUUUCGGUAAUUACUCCGACCACUCUAAGACCAAAGCUCUUUGGCCAGAAUCUAGAAGGAGAUCUUCCCAUCGCAAGGAGAAAGUCAUUGCUAAGGUUUCUAGAGAAGCGCAAGGAGAGGUAAUUUAUUAUCCAACAAUCCAAGGAUUACUUAUUACAUCAAGAGUAGUAUCGACAUCUCCUUACUAUCAUCCAACAUCGGCCUAAAAACGAUCUCUUUUUUAGAUUGGGACAUGGACCAAAUUUGUCUCUUUCACCACUCUCCAAGACUUUCAUGUUCCUUUUGCAUUUGGCUUCUUUCCCAAUCUCUUUGAAAUUGAUGGGCCUCGCUUCGUCGUAGCUUCUGCGUAUACUGUUUCCACGACACGUUUUUUAGGAGAUUACGUUUACCUACUACUAAGAUUAUAUACUUAUAUAUUGUUUUUUAAAGUGUUUAUUGUCUUUUAAUACUUCUUAUUAAUUAAGCAGCUCUAUUCUAUAUCG